CCGUCGAACUACCCCCGCAGUUCGAUUGGAGACACCGGCCGGCAUCGACGGCCGUCGCGACGCUCCGCGACGCGUGUGUUGCGUUCGUUCGUGCCUCCUUCGUUCGCGCAUAGAGAUGGAGAAGUAAAAAAGGCGUGUAAAGAGCAGAGAGAGUCCGCCUGCAACGAGAGCGAGAGGAAGCCGCGUUGUGCGACAGUCCACAGAUAGUCUCGAUGAUACUCGCGUGAUCGGUUGUCGCAGCAUCGAUUGUCGUACUUCACCGUGUAGUGACGAGUGUCUCGGACUGGUGCAUCUCGAAUCGUCUGGUGCUAGUACUCGCGAGUAAUUAGUGAUUCGACAGAUUAAGGGAGAGAAAGAAAGAGAGAGAGAGAGAGAGGGAGAGAGUGUGUCUCGCGUGUGCCGCGUAGUGAUCGACGGGAUUCGCUGGAGCAUGCGACAGUAAGGACUUAUCGACCCCAGCGACGUGCAUGUUUAUCGCUGGACAAUGGCUGGACUACGCUACGUUUGCCGGCUCUUCAUCAUCCUGGGAUACCUGUCGGUCGUUCCGGUGCUCGCCCAGAACCCCGUGGAGGAGAAGACCACCUUCGAGGCUGCUUUCCAAGGAAGAUGCGGGCACGGAUCGCCCUGCGAGCAGCUCUGCUACGAACUUCAUGACGGCAUGUACGAGUGCGACUGCAGGGACGGCUACAUACUUCAUAAAAAUGGAUACAGCUGCGCCGAACUCAACUCGACAUCGCCAUCAACGAGCGAGCUCGGCGACUUCGUGGACGAGGCCGAGAGCGACGAGGCGAACGCGGACAACGCGGAUGACGAGGAUGCGGUCGAAGACAUCCUUUAUAUGCGCGGUGCCACCUUUACGAUACAUCUGGAUGCCCCAGCCGAGAAUUCCACCGUGAACGCGACGAAGAUAAACGAGGCGAAUGGCGCGGAUCGGAUCGAGCUGCGCGCCACGUCUCAGGGCCCAAAUCUGGAGCAAAAACUGCCAUCCACGAUGGAGAGUAUUGUGAGCACUGAGCCAGCGUGUUCCUUGGACUGCGGCCCGGCUGGAAAUUGUUAUAUCGAGCAAUCUCGCGGAGAUGAAGUCGAUGUGGUGAUCGAAGACGACGAGGACGGUAUCGUGGAUCUCGAGGGUAAUACCGUAAACAUCAGACGAAAGCAAGGCACAUUCAGACAGAGAUGCCAGUGUCCUCUCGGAAGAGGUGGAGAUCGUUGCCAGUUCGAGGCUGAAGUGAGAUCGCCACGUUUCACUGGAUCGGGCUGGUUAGCUUUUCCCGCCUUAAGAGCCGCUUACAAACACGUCCAAUUAGAAUUGGAAUUUCGGCCAGAAGCAUGGGACGGAGUGCUUCUUUUGGCAGGAGAACGAGACGAUCUUCAGGGAGACUUCAUGGCCUUGAUACUGCAUCAUGGUUUUAUCGAAUUCAGGUUCGAUUGCGGCAGCGGUGUGGGCACAGUGAGGAGCACGGAAACGGUGAAGCUGAAUGAGUGGAAUACCCUGAGUGUCUACAGACAUCGAUGGGACGCCUGGAUCCAGCUGAAUCAGGAGAAGAGGGUGGAGGGACGAUCGAAGGGCUUGUUCUCGAGAAUUACGUUCCGCGAGCCGCUCUUCGUCGGCGGGCCCGGAAACACGACCGGUUUGGAGCGACUUCCGGUGAGGACCGGAUUUAAGGGCUGCAUCCGGCAUUUGGAGGCGAACGAGCACCAUUAUCGCUUCCCAUUGGCCCCACAGGGCGACGCCGCGAAUGGAUUCGACAUCGAGGAGUGCACGGCCGACAGGUGCAGUAAGGUGCCGUGUUCCCACGGUGGAAAAUGCCUGACAACCGGAGGCGACACGGCUGUCUGUCUUUGCCCGCUCGGAUACACUGGUGAUCUCUGCGAAACCCGAGUGGACCUACAGGUUCCAUCCUUCAACGGAUCCUCUUACCUACGUUAUCCGGGAUUGGCGGACACGUCGCUGUCGUGGCUGGAAUUGUCCGUCACGUUAAAACCGACCGCGCCGGACGGCGUGAUACUCUACAACGGCCAUCACAGCGACGCCACCGGUGACUUUAUUGCUCUCUAUCUCUCCUCGGGCCACGUGCAGUUCACCUUCGACCUCGGAACAGGACCUGCCACUUUGAGAAGCGAAAAUCCGGUUCGUCUUGGCGAGUGGGUCGAAGUUCGGGUCUCCAGGACAGGUCGUUUAGCAUCCCUAGAAGUUGAGGACGAUCCAGGCCAGGAAAUCCUGGCGCCCGGAGCGUUCACGCAAUUAUCCUUACCGCUGAACCUCUAUUUGGGCGGCGCGCCGUCCUCCGACAUGUACUCGCCGAAGAUGAAAACUACGGCCAGCUUCGUCGGCUGCAUUCAGACGAUCGUGCUGAAUAAUCGCGAGAUGGGCAUCCUAGCCGAGGCACUAGGCGGGGUAAACGUAGGAAAUUGUGGGCACGCCUGCGAGGCCAGACCGUGCGGCGAUGCGGAAUGCCGGCCUCUCCGCGAGCGAUUUACCUGUCGGUGCCGUCCAGGUGUACCGCACCCUUGUCCAGCACCGGACGAUUAUACGCCGUUGGUCUCGCCACCGGCAAGAGCGAGCAGCAACGCCGUUACGUCCGUGAGAUAUGACAGAGCUGUGCCCAGUUUCACCGGCAGCGAAAGCUAUCUACAUUAUAACGACGCCGACACGAUGAAAAGGAUAAUUAGCUAUAGGGUAGAUAUCAAUAUGAGAUUCCGCGCGAGCAGCAGCAGCGGCCUGUUGCUGUGGAGCGGCCGCCAGUCGGAUCCUCAGGAACAAAGGGACGAGAACGACGAUUUCCUCGCCCUUGGCCUGGAUCACGGUUAUCUCACUCUCGCGUAUAAUUUGGGUUCCGGGGAAGCCGUACUACGGUAUAAUCUCACGCGAUUGGAUGACGAUCUAUGGCAUCGUAUCAGGGCUGUUAGAAACGAGCAAUGGGCAUCUCUCGUGGUAGAUAGCGGUACCGGUGUCUCAGCAUCUUCUCCGGGACAAUUGAGACAACUGAACACCGAUACCGGUCUUUACAUUGGUGGUGCACCGGAUAUCGUGAGGACAACCGGGGGCAGGUACGCGAAGGGCAUCGUAGGUUGCAUCAGCGACCUCGUGCUGGACUCGGACUUCUCCGUCGCUUUGUCCUCGCCAGCACAGGCGACCAACACACACUCGUGCAUCCCCUGAAAGAGAGAUGUCCGUGCCGUCCGACGUCAGGUGGUGUUGUCGGGUCCAUCCCGAAGCUAGGAUAUGAAAAUUUAAGGAUAACGUAUCACACCGCGGUGAGAUAACCGCGGCAGAUAGUGCUCCGCGAAAGUGCAUCUGUGUCUCUCGUGCAUCCACACGUGCGGCCGCGUGUAAUAUCCUACAUGCGGCUCAUCAUUUUUGUACAGACUCAUCCUUCCACAGGUGGAACUCUCGAGAAGAUGAAGAUCGAGUGGGUCGGCUACUCGACACACUCGUCGUGCGCGGCCAUCGACUACUGGUAGGCGGCUUUGUAAAUAUUAGGGCGAUCCAAGAUACUGCGGAGAUAUCUAUCACUUGCCUCGCGGCAUUGAUCCUUGGCGCUGCGACUUCCUGUCGAGCCCUAUGCUCGGCCAGUCUUACAAUUAGAAUAAGGUUCGAUCGAAAGCCUUGUGCUAAAACGAGAUAACGAUUAUGAUAUCUCGGCAAAGUUGAGGCAAAAAAUCAUAAAAAAUGAGGUUCGCUUCCUCGUAAGUCGUUAAAUACAAUUAAUUGCAACCGUUCGUCAUUGAAAGCUCGUUGCACUGUCUUAUUUAUCCGCAAGUUAUAGUUACUCCACUUUAUCGUGUUUCUUGAGAAUUGAGAUAAUUCAGAAAGAAAUUCAUUUUAAACGCAACCGUUUAUAUGAUUUAUAAAAAUUUUUUUUCCAUACAAAGAAAAUAAUAAUAAAAAAUUACAAGUAUAACUAGGAAAUACCAAACAUACAGUGGAAAUAUAUCGAAGUAACAUAUCUAUUUUUCACAUGAGUGUUGCUGCUAAUAAGAGUUGAAAAAUUUAACGCGAUUGUGCACGGUGAAAUAAUACUCUGAUGUACAAUUACUAACUAAACAAGUACGACAGCUUUUCUACUUUCAUUCUUCGUAAGUAAUUAUCAUUAAGUAAUUCUUCAUUGAGUUAAAAGGAUAAAAAUUUUCGCUCUACAGUCGUUGCUACUUUUCAACUUAUUUCUUUGUCUAAUUAAAUACUAAAGACGUUAUUAAAAUUCGAAUGGGAGAGUGCGAAGCAAACGUACAAUAAAUUAUACGAAAAGAUAAGGGAACUUGUUCGUUAUAUACAACUUCUAAUAUAAUUUAUUAAUUCAGCGAAAUUAAUCAAUUAUUGUUGUCCGCCAUUUUACGUGCAAAAAUUACGAAAGAAACUUUUUAUCGCUAAAUUCACGGUAUUUCCCAUUUUUACGGAAUUACAGCAAAAUGAUGAUAACUGCACCAUCUUUCAAGCAAGUUAAACGAAAAUUAUUUAAAUUAAAUGAAAAUUCGCUGCAAUUUUUGCAAUCUUUUUUUUUUAAUCAACGUUCGUGCUAAAUUAUAGCCUUUCACUCAUAUCUAAAUUUGGUCGAAGGAUAAUUUAAAAUGGAAUAGAUUAAAAUUGGCAGCAAUUACGUUUCACUUUCGCUCGAACUGGGAAAAGUGAAACGCAAAUCAAACUAAAACUUUCGUCCGGCACUCACGAUUAGACCACCGUGCUAUUAAUAAUUUUAACUUUACUUAUAUCUGAGUAUUAAUGGAUGCCUCUCUCGAAAAUAAUUUUAUAACUAAAUUCACAUGAAUCGGAUUUCUGCUUGUAAUAAAAUUUAUAGUAAUAACAAUGUUUAUCACAACGAUAGUGGAGUCAAUGAAGCGGCAAGAGUGCAUUAAUUUAACACUCUACAAAGCAGAACUUCAUUCAAGAGCCCGGUAACGACGCUUAAUUUACGUAAGCGUGAUACGAGAGGAUCGGGACUCGUGCGAGAAUAUUGCGUAGAGCAUCCGAAAGGAAAUGGAAGUCGUUGCACCAGGAUAAUGCCCGGCAGGAUAUAAAAUUUGACGGAGCGCGUCUCGAUGACGGCUUUCGGCCUAAUAAGAUAAAAGUAUAUAGAAAAAGCAACCCCUCCGCGUCAAUUUUGAUUAUUCCCUCCGACCGGAUGUUAUCUUCGACACGAGGUGUCAUUAUCUUCGAUCUUUACGAAUUCAAAGCAUUCAAUGCUACCGAAAAAUUCGGAGCGCGUCUGGAUCGGCGCUUGAUAAGACCUCAAUUGAAGAAGAAUUCAAACAGAGAAUUCGAAAAGAAAAAUGCGAAAGAGAAAUUAAUGUUUCUCAAGAAAAAGGGAAAUAAAAAUUUUGUUUCGUGAAAUUAAUUACGUUGAUAAUUCCGUUCUAUAUUUUUAUUACUGCUGUAUGCUUUUUUAAUUCUUUUUAAAUAAUUUUUACUUUUAUAUUUCUCUUUUAAAUUAAAUUUUUUAAAAUAAUGCAAUGAUAAUUUAAUUCAUUUUUUAAAUAAAAAAUAUGUAAAAUAUAUUCUAUCUAAUAUUUUUUUGAAAAAUUGUAUUCUUGAUAAAUAUGCCCUUAUGAAAAAAUAUUACUGCCCAAAAAAUUAUACAUAAAAAAUUACACACAUGAGAGAUAAAUAUUCUGCUUAAACAAAAGUCUGCUACUACUAAAACGAUAUAAUACCACUAUUAUAAUGUAAGAAAAACUAUAUCUAGCACCGAUCCAGACAGUGAGUGCUCGCUGCUCCUACGAAUCAUUGCGUACCGCAACUUUUCUAAUGAUCUUAGGAUUUAUCACGAUCUUUUUCUAGCAGCUAAGUCACAAGCGCAGCUACGAGCACGAGUUUAGUUCCACGACGAUAUCGAAGUUAAUAUUGUGAUCAAUACGCGUAACUACUAAUAAAAAUAAGAGAAAGAGGGGGAGAGAGAGAACGAGAGCUAUGUCAUGGACCAAACACCAACACUUGUAUCGCCAUCUAUUCCAACGAGAAUAUAUAAUACGUAAAAUGCAACUUCAGAAUGCAAAGUGCAUAUCCUGAUGAUAAUGCAGAAGUCGCGUCCUUCAUAAAUGAUCUCAUCCGGUGUUGGGCAAACUUUGCAAAUGAUUUGUGCAAUAUAUGGAUCCUUAACCGUUUCGUCCAUAAACGCCAUAUCUUAAUAUUUUAAGAUUACAACAAUAUUCUUAAGCAAGAAUUUGCCGUUUGUGUUAAUAAUAAUGCAAUUUUUAACUUCAUUACAUAGUAAAGACACCUAAAAUCAUUGUGUGUUGGUAAAUUGAGACAAAUAUGUAUUUAAAUCGCGAGUUUCUGAAAUUAUUUAAAUGACAAAAAUGUAAAACAAAUAAGUUGCUUAAUUAAUGUUAUAAUAUACUAUAGGUAUACGAAAUAUUUGUAUUUCAUGGCUUUGUGUGGUAAAAGUAAGAAAUUAUUAUUUUAAACAAAUAUGUUACAAAGUGACGUAGCUAAUAUCAAUUUUCUCUCUGCAAUGAUGAUUAAUUUGAAAUUAAAUGACAUUUUGUUCAACGAAGGAAAGCGAGGAAACGAGAGGAUAACAAUGACACUUUUACAUAUACGUAUAAAAAAAAAACAAAUGAUAUCUUUAUUAUGCAGAUCGUCGCAUAUUUUUUUAUCUUCAUAGAGCGUUUCACUCAAUCCUAUGAACACAUUUAGCACUACCGGUCGGAAAAUCCCAGGUCAAUACGUAUACACAUCCCACGAGGAAAGAGACAGGGAAAGAGCAAAAAAAAAAAGGGAAGUGCGACAAAAAUGAGCGA